UGCCCGGAGCUCGGGGACCCGGCUCCCCCUCGCCGGGCUCGCUGUGGGCAUCUGGCUUCUGCUCACAUCCUCUUCGGGCCAACAGUUCCUUCAUCUUGUGACAUUUGAAACUGCAUUUAACCCAGAACAGGCAGGAGCGGACCGGAUCUGCACCUGCCACCCCUGUGGAGAGUUAGUGCAGCUGGAAGGGAAUGAAAUUUAUCGUCAGUGAUUUAGUAGAAAUAUCAAAGGAAUUGAACAUCUCGGCUUGCGGAGUGUUUGGCAACCACAGAUUGUGGCCCUACUACGUUUCUCCCGGAGCAUAAUGGGAAGAGCAGGGACCCGUAUACCUAGAUCUGAAUUCGAAUUCUUGGCACAGGCUUUGGCUGUGAAAUCUAAGUCAGGGUGCAUGGCCCUUUUGAGACAGUGUCCAAAUCUGUAAAUUGCAGAGUCUUGUUGAUUCCAUGAACCAGGACUGUCGGUGAAGCAUUUAACCGUUCACCAAGAAUUUUGUAUCCAAGACCCAAAAGUUUGUUACCUAAGAUGAUGAAUGCAGACAUGGAUGCAGUUGAUGCUGAAAAUCAGGUGGAACUGGAGGAAAAAACACGCCUUAUUAAUCAAGUGUUGGAACUUCAACACACUCUGGAAGAUCUCUCUGCAAGAGUAGAUGCAGUUAAGGAAGAAAAUCUGAAGCUAAAAUCGGAAAAUCAAGUUCUUGGACAAUAUAUAGAAAAUCUCAUGUCAGCUUCUAGUGUUUUUCAAACAACUGACACAAAAAGCAAAAGAAAGUAAGGGAUUGCUGUCCCUUUGGUUUUAUGGAAUUGCUGCUGGUCUUUUUUUCUUUAAACUUUGGAUAGCUUCCAAGGUUAUAGUACUUUUGUUUGUGGCUUCAUGGAAUAUUUAUGGAGAUGAUGUCAGAUCUAGGCAAAAUUAAGAGCAUAACAGAAGACUUCAUGAGUUUGUGUAUUAUGUUAGUCUAUGAAAACGUGCAAAUGUAUUGUAGAGACUUUAUAAUUAGAAAUGCAUAUAUUUAUGAAACUUGAAAAUGAAUGUUUUACGGAAUUUCCUUUGAUUUAUAGGUUUAGCACUGUCUUUUAUUAGGCAUAGUAAGAGAAACGAGAAAAUAACCGCCAUGUUGUGAAAGUGACCAAAUCAUGUACUGAAUGCACAGCUUUAUGUACCUGUCCACCGUCUUGUGCCUCUGCUCCAUUUGCUUCUUCCUUCCCACCUCCCUUCCCCUAGGGAAAAAUCGGUUUCGCAUUUGUAAAAGUAAUUUCAUUAGUUAUCAUCUGUGAAAAUAACCUGAGCUUAACUGUUGAAACUUAACCAAAAUAAGAUACUGUCUAAAUUAGGACUUGUUUUUUACUUUCAGUGAUAGGGAUAGUGCUGAUGGUUUCUCUUUAAUCAGCUGGAAACAGAGGCUCUAAAAAUGAUUUUUCCUUGGAGCUUAAUUGUCAAACUGGGAGUUAACUUACUUGGUAUAUGAAAAGGUGAGUUCUGUUUGAUGUUUGAAAUAGAAAUUUUUGAAGAAAAAUAGAAGUAAGUUGGAGAAAAGUACUUGGUAAACAACUUCAAAUGUUUUUACAUCAGAUUUGUGUUAUUUCUGGCACAAGUUAGAUCUUUGGGGAAUAUACACGAACAUGGAUUGCUUUACUAGCCUUCUCCACAUCUGGAGAAGAAUAUUGCAGAGCUUGGGUUUAAGGUUUUUUUUGUAGUACUCAGAAGAUCAACGUUUGCACAAUCUCUUGAGUGUGUUAGUAUCAGAAUCAUGAAUAGAACGGGGAAGUUUUACAUGCGUACUAAUGGGUACUUUUUUCAGUAUUUCGUCUCACCACUCCUGCAGUUUUCUGCAGACCAACCACUUGGUUCUCAGAGUUGUAGUCAUUCUUUAGCAAUUUUUAAAAAUGUACUUUGUAAAUUCCACUUGGUAAAGUCAGUAUGAGGAAUGGGGUUACCUAGGGAGAGGGACGCGCCGAUACGGCUUAUGGUUGCUAGACUUAGGCUCCUGUAAUCAUGGAAUAAAGUGAUGUUUGCACUGGUGUAGGGUCCACAGACAGCUCAGCUGCAUGGACAUGAGUCACGCUGCAAACAUUUUACAUCCUUUUGUGAACUAAUUUACAAACAUUUAAAAUUGUGUUGCAGUUAUGUUUUUGCUGUUUAAUAAAAAGUUGUUUCAGAGAUUUGUGUGUUUUGAUAUGUUUGUCUAAAUAACCAGGAUAUAUAGUGGUGUAUCCAGCGUUGUUCAGAGCCUCAGUUUAAGUAGCAAAUUUUGUUUAUG